AUGUUUCAUCAGAGAAAGUUUAAGCAAGUGUUAGUGUUGUUAUGUGCGCUUGUUGCGACAAGCGGCGCUGACAGUGAAGUGAAAAACACUUUAUGCGAUGUUUUCUUACAAGACGUCAACUAUCUUACACUGAACUGUUCCCGGCGUAAUAUAGAAACAGUUCCAAACAAGUGGCCGGAGCAAAUUGACAAUAUUGCUAAUGAAGGUGGCCAUGUUCUGAUUACGUUCUUCAACAACAGUAUAUCAACAGUGACGCAGCUGCCCGAGAUUCCUGGCAACAGGAUCGCCAUCAGUUUCAAGUCGAACGCCAUCAUCGAAAUAGAGGACGAUGCGUUUAGAAACAUUCAGCGUUUGGUGUAUCUAGAUUUGAGCAACAAUCGCAUAUCAGGUGAAGUAUUGAGGAGCGAAAUAUUCCAAGGUCCCUACAACGAUGGUGUGUACAGCAGUAUUGCUUUGGAAACGCUGAAUCUUGGUUACAACGAAAUACACUCAUUAGACAGAUAUUUGUUCCAAUACACGCCGAACCUGACUCGCUUAUACCUGAACAACAACCCUAUAGAAAUACUUGACCACGUCACCGUCCUCGCUCUGUCCAGUGCUGUCAACUUGGAGGUUUUAGACUUGGCGAACGUCGACAUCGAUUCGAUACCUCUGGACGCUUUUAGGGGUCUGAUGAAUUUGCAGCAAAUCGAUUUGUCCGGUAAUAAGUUCGUCAAUGUCCCGGAGAGCUUGAGCCUGGUGGGCAGCACUCUUCAGUAUCUGACUUUCAACAACAAUCCUAUAGUGGAACUCAACGACGACAGCUUUGUUGGGUUGACAAAUCUAGUACAACUGGAAGUCGGCGAAAAUGAUUUCUUGGAGGAAGUAAAAAGGAGCACGUUCACGCCACUUAAGAAUUUGCGCGUACUACAUCUCUGUCACAAUCCUAACCUAAGAUACAUAAGCCACAAUGCCUUCAGAGGUAUGAAAGAAAAAUGGACGUUGAAAGAGGUUUACUUAGAUGACAACAAUUUAAGUGAACUCUCCACGGACUUAAUGCCAUGGAGUAAAUUAGAGAUACUAGGAAUGACCGGCAACAAUUGGCUAUGCAACUGUGACUUAGCAAAUAUCAUUACAAAACAGGAGGCCGGUGCCAAAUUCAAACCGGGAGAAAUUCCAUAUUGUGCUGCACCAAUGAAAUUUUCCGGAACUUUUAUAACAAACAUAACGCUGACUUUCUGCCCCACAUUUGACUCAACUUAUGCAACAAAAAAAGGUUUCUCUAUUUCAAACUUAAGACCAAAACACAUUCUGUGGAGCAUUUUUGGUGUUGCUAUGAUAGUCUGUGCUGGCAUGUUGAUAGGACUUCUAGUGAACGCAAUGAAGGCUUUCUAUAACAAAAAUAUAAGAAGCCAGCCAAUUCGUUACAUCAAUCUUCACUCAGAUUCAAGCUUUGCUUGA